AUGUCUCCUGCAGCGGUAGCCGCUGCUACGAGAGCGACGGAUAGACCAUACCGCAAGGAGAGGAGACUGGCUCAGAAAGCUCAGCGCAAGCAGGCAAAGCGAGACAAGGCAGCCAACACCAUCUUUGCUAAAGCGGGCGUAGCCACCAACAAAUACUCUGCUUAUGUGCGCAAGGAUCAGCAGUUCAAGACGUUCAAGCCCCUGACGCCCUCUCUCAGAUGGGUGCGACAUCUGCUACAACCGGACCUGCACAAGGGGAAGCCUGAAAGGGCGCUCACCAUAGCGAAGAGGAGCACGGCAGGGCGAAACAACUCGGGCAAAGUGGUGGUGAGAGGCCGAGGAGGUGGACACAAACGGAGGAUUCGCAUCGUCGAUUUCCACAGAAAGACGCCUGGAGAGCAAGAUGUGCUGCGGAUCGAGUACGACCCGGGACGCAGCGCUCACAUCGCGCUCAUCGAACACAAGGAAAGCAAACUCAAGUCUUACAUCCUCGCGCCCCAAGGCCUGAGAGCGGGCGAUACGGUCGAGUCGUUCAGGUACAGCACGGACGUGCCCGGCGAAGCAAGCGGCAGCAGCACUCUCGACAUUGGCAUCUUCCGCACUAGAGCCAUUCGUCCAGGCAACGUGCUGCAGCUACACCUCAUACCCAUCGGUACGAUGAUUCACAAUCUAUCGCUCACUCCGCAUGGCUCGGCCAAGCUCAUCCGAUCAGCAGGUGCGGUGGGGCAGCUGAUCGCCUUUGUAAAGCGGUCCAAGUCUUCGCCCGUAAGCAGCGCGAUUGGACAGCCGCGUGGAGAUAUUCACAAUGCUUUCGAUGCCGAGGAAGUCGAACAAGAUGGGCCGCAGCAGAAUGUGCCAACGCAUGCGCAAGUCAAGUUGCAGAGCGGAGAAGUUCGGCUGGUGCCCAUUCGUUGCCACGCUACCGUGGGUCGGGUCAGCAACAUAGAUCAUGAACACGUUCGCCUCGGAAAGGCUGGUAGAUCGAGAUGGCUGGGCAUCAGGCCCAAGGUGCGAGGUGUAGCUAUGAAUGCGUGAGUGCAGCGACGUCUUGAUACGUGUUGAUGGCAUACAUAAGAAAGCUCACCACCUCGGCCCUUUACUCCGCCCAGCAUCGAUCAUCCCCAUGGUGGUGGUCGAGGAAAGUCAAAGUCAAAUAUGGUGAGAUUUGAGAGCUUUCGUAGGCGCCGGCACGGCUCGACAGCACUUACUCAGACUACGAUUGCGGCUCGAUGUCGAUUUCCCAAUAGCAUCCGAAAUCGAUUUACGGCUGGAAGACGGAAGGACGUACGCGCAAGCCGGGCACCAGAACUGGGAACAGGAUGGUCAUUCGCGAGAGACCGAGGCAGAAUGGCAAGCGUCGCGUCAAGGGUGCUCCGGCAGCUUAGAUCAGGUCGGUCUGCAAGCCGGGCCCUUCUCCAGAGAAAUACUCGAGCCAGAGGCAAAUUCAUGCCAUCAUGCGCAAUGGUUUGAAAUAGCCUUUGCAAUUGACACGCGCCCUUAUCGACCCAGAUCUUGA